AAGUAUUAGGCACGCACAAGUUACCAACGGGAUCUUUACGAUAGCAGGAUGAAUAUGCUGUGCAAAUACUCACACUAUACAAUAGCUUGCCGGUGGCACUGAAACUUCUCGCUGGCGUUUACUCAGACAAUGUGCAGUCUUGUCCGCACAGCGACCGCCCUGGCUAUUGUUCCCGAAGCACACAUUCGGGCACUUUUGUUCCCUGCUCCAGCUUAAAAGUCCUCCAUGUCUGCCAUGGUAUCCCUACCAAGCUAGUCUUGCGUCGAACGACCCCCAGACCUCGUCUUACGACUCACUCCUCACAGUCUCUACACGUAGUCACCGACUCACGACCAGAUCUUUCUGACUGAUCACGCCAGCCUACGCUUUCGACGCUUUCGACAAUUCGGUUUUCCCACUUUGAAAGCUUUGGUUCACGAGUUAGUGUCUUUCUCCGCUGCUCUAGCUGUUAGCUAAAUAUGUUCUUCGGUAGAACAUAUUGAUGAUGUACGCUGGCGUUACUCAGGAAGCGAUCAUGACCUCCGCACCCAAGCAAGCGCCAUUAUAUCCCUUCCUCUCUCAGCCGCCUCCCCAAAAGAAGCGUCCAACUCAGCCCCUGCCAUCUCCCCCGACGCAGGUGUCUACCAGCCCUGAGCGACCUCUCCCAGGACGCCGCCGGUCUGCGACCAUCUCUGCCAUCACGGCAUGGUGUGCAGACGUCCAUCCUGGAUCACCUGCUCCCUACUCCCCGAGACGCAGCCCUUGCGGUGUCCGCCGCUCUUCAGGCUCUCGUCUUGGCUCGCGUCGUCCAUCUAUCAGCUCUGGUCACGUCGCUUCCGGCUCUUACUUUGCCAUCACGCCCUCCGCCGAUGACUUUAAGGAUCAUGACUUUGCUGCGCUCGGCUACACCUCUGUAUUCGUGCGCUUUCCUGGCACGCCUGUCACGCCUGAGCUGCGUCGAUCAGCUGCAUCUUCUCUGCCUGUAAGCCCUGCGAAACGGGGCCUGAAGCAAUCCAAGUCUCUCACGUCGCUGAAGCCUGCAAAGCGUUCGCGUUCGCGAGCUCCUCCCUCUCCUCCAUUCAAUCCUUCCCGUACAUCUGCAGAAUUCAAGCGUUCCCGCGCGCUCUCCAACGCGGCCAUCGCGAAGAGCAAGAAAUCCAAGUAUGCCAAGCUGCGUCCUGCUCCACUCGCCAACAGCCUCGCACUCGCGCAGUUCUUGGACGGCGGGAGCAUGGAGCACCACAUCAAGCACUACGCUUAUAACCAGGCGAAGACUGCUGGUGCGGUCAAGGUUGACGGGCAGCUGGUUGGCGUGGGGGACAUAUGGAGAGACGAAGCGGGUGGCGUGUGGCGCGACCAGGAUGAGGAGUGGGAGUUUGCGCACCUCUUGGGCGACAUCGACGACACAGUCGACUGGGUCUCAUUCGGCUCGCCGAAGCCUGCCAUGGGCGAGGAGCGCCGCGGGAGCCUCUCGACACAGGACUCGGACCUCAGCCCGCGGUAUGCGAUGCACACCGAUACGGAUGUGCACGACGACCUCGCAGCGUUCGGACAGGUGCUGCUCUCCCCCGCGCCCAUCAAGCCUGGAAUGUCUGUGCUUGCGAUCCCCGCGCGCAACCGCCGCGCCGCGAAACACCUGCGCAAGCCCGAGUUCCUGCUCAACGCCUUCCCCGUGCCAAGCUCGCCCACUGGCCCACACGCUCAGCACUCGCCACGGCCCGCGGCGCACCAUACAGGCGGCGUACGCCCAAAGGGCAAGGCGCGCCGUCGGCCUGCACCGCUCAAGCUGGUACCUCAGAGCCCUGCGCGCAAGCUCGCUACGAACUCCGAGGCAGAUGCGGACCAGCUGCGGGAGGAGUUCCUCAUGGACUCAUUCAGGCCUCGUCCGCGGCUUGGACGCUCUGGUCAGGUGUCGCGUGUCGCUGCUCUGCCGCAGGGCGCUGUCUAUGCAGUUCCGCGUCAGAUACUUGUCAAGCCGUCGGUCAUGAACAUGAAGGGCUUUCUCAGGGCGACGCUGGGGACUAGGAAGGUAUGUGCCGCGUAAAACCAAAAGUGAUUAUUUGCCUCUACUCUGCACUGUGUGCUCUUGGAUAGAUCCUGCCAUGCGUCUUCCGACGCUCUACUUUAUUAGAAUUUCCUGUUAAUAAUGUUGUAAUAUCUCCGCAGUGGUAAAAUAAAACUUCGAUGUUGUACCCAGUUUGGCUCGGGCUUUGAGUUUGAGUCUCAAUACAAUGUGCCGUUUUAAGGCGCUUCAGAUGAGCGA